AUGGAGUAUAAGCAAUUCCUUCAAAUCCACCAGUACCAGCUCGCUAGUAUUCCCGAGAACCUUUGGGAGCCACUCUUCCAAAAGCUCGGACAGGAUCUCUUUGACGCAGGCGAGUUCUUGGAGCUCCACUAUGGCGAUCCUUUGGACAAGUAUUCACUCCACGUCAAGAAGGAGGGUGGUCUGAAGAAGCACAGUGAUAUCUUCCUUGUCGAUCAUGCAUGGACGACAAAGCCCGAGACCUCGCGUGCCCAGCUCCUCGACAACCCUCAAUUGGUUCAGCGUCUCACGUCGAUGAUGGAUAUUUCUGUUGAUGCCGAGGAAGAAGAGGUUGCUGAGGAGACCGCAGGAGCUGGCGAUGGGGAGGUUGUUAGUAAGAACCCCGAUCUGGAGGUUGAUCAGACUAUGAUCGAAUUGGUUGCUUCUCAGGGAAAAGUCACUGAGAAACGCGCCAAGGUUGCUCUCCAGAACGAGAACGGCGAUAUUCUUGCUGCCUUGAUGUCGUUGACGCUUCACCCUGAUCACGAUGCCGCGGGCCUCAAGAACCUCGAAAACGCCAUUGGUGGUCAGGUCAAGAGAGACAAGGAAGCCAAGGCUGAGGAGAAGAAGAAGCAGGACACUGUCAACAAGAUCAUGUCAGAGAUGUGGAAGUACAGCCAAACAUACGAGUACGCCGUCGUCGACCCCUCCGGACAGACCAAGAAAGAGAGCGCCUGGUACAUUAUGGACGAGGUUGGAUCGUCGCUGGCUCACUCAGACUCGCCCAACUGUAUCUGCGCCCCCUUCAUCUACGUUGGUCGUGGCACCGUCUCGUACAGCAUUAUCUUCCCCAUUGAGGAUAUCCCCAAGGGCGGAGCCUUGACCCGCGACUUUGUCCCUGCCGAUAUCAAGGACCCCAUGGACCGCAAGGCCUAUCUCCAGAUCUAUAACGAUGCCCAAGAUGCCGCCGAGCUCAUCGCCGUCUAUGAGACGUAUAAGUUGGAGGAAAAUGAGGUGAAGCCAUUCGAUCAACCCUUCACCAAGACCCUUACCAGGAUCCCCGCUCCAAAGGCCGGCGACCGCAAGUUGCGCUUGUACACGACCACAGAGUGGGUUGCUACCAACUGCAAGCUGGCCAACGUGGAAUUAGUCGACUCUGAGGAUCAGGCCGACUUGCUCUGGUUCAGCCAGGACUUCAAGGAGUUUGACAAGUUGACCAAGGGCCAAAAGAUCAACCAGUUCGAGAACGAGUCCUGUGUGACCUACAAGCAGAACCUGGCAGCCCUCGUCAAGUCUGCCUACGGUACCGUCCCCUGGAGCUCGACCACGUAUAACUUGACCACGGAGUUGGCACCCUUUGUUGGGCAUUACCUCUGGAACCAGGAGCAUCAUCAUCGCAACCUUUGGAUCUGUAAGCCCUGGAACUUGGCCCGUGGACUCCAGAUUACUAUUCAGGAGGAUCUUGCCCCACUAGUCCGUCUUCGUGAUACGGGCCCAAAGAUUGCUCAGGAGUACAUCCAGACCCCUGUCCUCUAUGAGGGUCGCAAGUUUGAUCUCCGGUACAUUGUCCUUCUGAAGGCUACCCACAAGGUUGAGGGCGAUCCUAGUCAGGGGUAUGAGUUCCAGGUCAUGAUCUACAAGAUGUUCUGGAUCCGUCUGGCCAACCAUCCCUUUGACCUCGACGAUUUUGAAAACUACGAGAAGCACUUCACCGUGAUGAACUAUGGAAACUACAGCCUGACACAACUCCUGUACACAAAAUUCAUCGAGAACUUUGAAAAGGAACACGCCGACAAGAAGAAGUGGUCCGAGAUUCAGGCCGACAUCAACGAGGCCAUCAAAUCCAUCUUCGCGGCCGCCGUCGUCAAGCCCCGGCCUGAGGGACUCGGCGCGGCUGACGAUAAGGCUAAACCCUAUGAGGCUUUCUCGAUCUAUGGAAUCGAUGUCAUGCUCAAGGAUGAUUGUCAGCCCGUGGUGGUCGAGGUGAACUUCUCGCCAGAUUGCACGCGUGCUUGUAAAUAUGACCCGGAUUUCUUGAACAAUAUCUUGACGGUUGUUGAUCCUCGUGCUGGGUCUUUGGAUAAGGCCGUCCAGGCCUUUAACGUCCUGUAG